AUGAUACCUCGGAGGGAAGAAGAUGUUGAGACGACGCCGCUCAGUCCACGCGUUAGCGACGUCUCCGACGAGAGCGCAUACUUGCGCGGGGAAGACUACCUCGAGAGCCCAGCGAGCGAAGCCAGCCAGUGGGCUGAGGGACAGAAGAAGGGAUUAUGGACGAGCAAAGUACGACACGCAGUAGGAAUAGCUCUCCUACUUGCGACGGUGCUACUGUGGACAGCUAGUAAUUUCCUCGCGAGUACAAUAUUCGCAGACGACUCCUACUCGAAGCCCUACCUGGUAACCUACGUAAACACAACAUUCUUCGUCAUCCCUCUCCUACCCAUGUUCCUCCACCACCUAUGGGUCGACCGUCACCGUCCCAACAGCGCGCGGCAGCACCGCCAACCUCUCCUAGCACACGCACGCGACCUCUUGCAACGGCGAGCAGGGAAAUGGAAGCUCCUCCGCGAACACGAGACCCCCUCUUCAACCUCAGCCUCGAACAAAGCUCGCAAUGACGAGGCAACCGAAGUCCUGCUAUCGUCCUCCCUGCACGGCUCCCAAAGUUUCGCAACCGGGAAAACUGGUGGCCAGGACGAGGACGACGGCUUGACGAUAAGAGAUACAGCGAAACUGGCGCUGGAGUUCUGUCUCCUUUGGUUCCUGGCAAACUACUUUGCGGCCGCCUGUCUAGAGUACACAACCGUUGCCAGUUCUACUAUCCUUUCUUCUACGUCCUCCAUCUGGACCCUACUUCUGGGAUCCAUAAUGCGCGUCGAGCGCUUCACGCUGCUCAAAUUCCUCGGCGUACUCGCGUCUCUCGGCGGUGUAGCCCUCAUCUCCAUGGUCGACGUAUCCGGCGAGACAGACGAGAACCGCGGUUCCUUCCCGCACAAGACACCAAAAGAACUAGCCAUUGGCGACGUCAUGGCCUUUGUGUCGGCUGUACUAUACGGUUUCUACACGGUCUUCAUGAAGUCUCGGAUUGGCGAUGAGACAAAGGUCAACAUGCCUCUCUUCUUCGGCCUCGUUGGAUUGUCCAACAUCUUACUACUCUGGCCCGGAUUCAUCAUCCUACAUCUUACCGGCAUAGAACCUUUUGAGCUCCCGCCCACAUCGCGCAUCCUCAACAUCGUGCUCAUCAACAGCGCAUCAUCUCUCGUCUCCGACUUUUGCUGGGCGUACGCUAUGCUGCUUACUUCCCCGCUGAUUGUCACUGUUGGUCUUAGUUUGACCAUUCCGUGCAGUCUGGUCGGGCAGAUGCUGUUGGACUCGCAGUAUGCAUCGGCAUUGUAUUGGGUCGGCGCAGCGAUCAUGGUGCUUUCCUUCUUGUUCAUCAACCAUGAGGAUCGGAAAGAUGAAGCAGAGGGACUGCAGGGCGCGGAUGAUGCUGUGACGGAGGUGCAGAGGGGCUUUCAGAGUAUAAGACAAAGUCUAAGUCGAAGGAAUUCGAGGACGGACGUUUGA